UUUGGUUCUAGAGGGAGAAGUUAGUGAGAGAAGCUCUCAGUUCAGCGAUUUCUUCGUGGCUGCUGCGCUUCUUCUGUGCGAUUUUUCUUGCGGUUUUUCUUUGAUUUCUCCUUUGCUUCUUUGAUUUCAUGGGGAGGCCUAGGAAGAAUCCUCUCAAUUCUACAGGAAAAGGCAAGCAAAAGGCUGUGCAACCUUCGGUCUCUGUAUCGAAUGGUAAAUGUGGGCAAUCUUUGAAACCCAUUGAUGAGGGUCAAUGUUCUAAGGGUGCGAAUUCUAUGUCUGAUAUGCAGCUUGAAGUUGAAAGGCUUAAAUCUUUAGUUGAAUCUUUAAAUCGGAAGGUGGAUAAGGAACAACAGAUGAGCCAAUUUGAGGUUCGUCUACAGCAUGUUGAUGAUUCACAGCAGCAGGCCAAGGUUACUGUUCCAUUGGCGUAUUCAUCAGUGGUUAGGGCUCCAGUUGUCCCUGUUGGUUCUGGAUCACAAGGGUGCUGUUUCUCUACGAAAUCUAAUGAUUUCGGAUGAGUUUAUGUUUUGAAAAGAGGAGCGUGAAGACCUGCAUUCUACCCAAGAACACAUGGUUCGGGUUGGAAAGGACGUAAAGAGAUCAAGAAGUAUAAGUGGACGAUAAACGGUUACUAUCUGUGCUUGUGUCUUAUGAAAUCAUCUUAUAUUGUUGUAUAACAUAAUGUUAUCUAGUAGUUGGAAUUAUUAUAUUUGAUGCUAGUUACUGACGUGUACGUGUUUGUGUUUAUGUUUGAUUGUUGAUAACCUUCUAUGAUUGUCCUGCUAUGACACAUUGGUCUUUGGUCUAAUGUCGAGCAGCAGGAGGAUCAUAGAUAGGCGUAGCAGAUAUUAGAGCUUCUUUUGCAUUGCAUUGCAUUGGGGGAGAGUGAUGAGGGCGAAGCAUAACCUGUGUCAUACCGUUAUCUUUCGAUUUUGUAGCUCUUGUUAUCUUUGUAAACUUUGGUUGUAUAUGUUUUGUUAUGAGGCCUUGUGUCCUCCCUUGUAUAUUUGUAUUUCCGCUGCGUAGUUUAUGACUCUAUAUGGUUUAAGGAGUUAAGUCAUUUUAAAACGCAAGCGUCGACACUGGAACCACGAUCCACGCUUGGCAUGUUGAUUUGAGAAGCCGACGACAAAUCAUUCCGCCGUGGUGUGAGAUUUUAAAGGCAAUGAUGCCUUAGAUUAGUUUAAUGUUUUAUUUUGCUAAUUGAUCUACCACAUGUUCGAUUUUUUUUAGAAGAGAUGCUGUCGAAAUUUCCAAUCAC